CUUACCCGCCUCGUCAGUUCGCUCUUUGAAUUCGUGCGUCAACCAGCCCCCGCUUGAUACGUCCUGUAUUCUGUGCUUUUGAAUCUGUAGAACUUUAGGCACGGGCCCCUAAUUCGACCGAAGUCACUUUGCCGGGACCGAAAUGCGGAAAUCCGGGUCGCAAAAGAAGCGCCCAGCCGGCGGAGGCAUCAAAUGGGAUGAGCAGAAUCUUAUUGAGAACGAGGUGAUCAAGGCCACGAUCAGCAAGACCAAGAUCGACGAGCCCAAGACGCCGUAUCAUGGCCCCCUGGGCGAGGAGCACAUGCAGGAUCUGGACGGGGGAAUGCAGCCCCUGGAGUUGGACGCAGCUGCGCACCCCCACGACCACAACCACCACAACCACCAGCACCAGGGGCAGGGGCCGGCGGCCGCGGGGCCCACGACGGCAGCAGCAGAAACAGCAGCGGCAGCAGAAACAGCAACGGCAGCAACGGCGCCCAGCGCUAGCGGCGUGGCGGCUGCGGCAGCAGGCGGUGGCGGCGGUGGCGGCGGCACCGCAGGCAUGGAGGUGGAUGCGACUGGUGCGGGCUCGCGGCGCACUUCCAUGACGGGGGGUGUGCCGCACAAGUCCGCGCUCCACCAUGCUGAUAGCGGCGGCGGCGGCGGUGGCGGCGGCAGCGGCGGCAGUGGGAGCGACCCCUCCCACUCGCAAUCGCAAUCGCAGCCGCACCACCACGCACACUUUGAUGCGGCGGCUUUGUCGCCCGAGGCGGCGGCAGGCGGGGCGGGCGGCGCUGAUGCUGGUGCGGCCGCGGCGGCGGCGGCUACGGAGGCGGAGGCGCGCAGUGGCUUCAGCUCGGACUCCGACCGGCGGGGCUCGCUGACGGGCGGCAGUGACGGCGACGAGGAGGCUAAGCGCAAGUUCGAGCAGCACCGCAAGCAGCACUACAACAUGGGGGCGGCAAUGCGGCAGGCGCGAGUGCUCAUCACCAGUGAGGAUGGAGAGGGCGGCGGCGGCGGCGGGCGGGGCAGCAGUGAGGAGGACACGGAUGAGGGGGAUGAGGAGAUGGACGGGGCGGGAGAGGAGGGGGGAACGGGGAGGCGCAAGGAGAAGGGGAGGGGGAUGGGGAAGCGCGAGGGGGCGGAGGAGAUGGAGGAGGGGAAGUGAGCUGAGGUUGUGAGUGAUGCGCCAUCGCUGACACGCGGGGCGCUGGGCCAUGGCGGGGCUCGGUCGGAGCCAGGGCGUGGGUCGACAGGUCGGCAGACAAGCUACUGAACGCAGCGGCGGUUAUUUCAAGGUGAAUGCCGUAUUGGAUAGUAUGGUUUUCGCUGUUGGUUGUUGUUGUUGCUGUAGCCAGAAGGAUCAUGGGUGAUGACAUUACCGAUGCAUGUGCACCUGCGCUCGGCGUAAGUCGCGGUUGGUGUGGGUGGUGGAGUAAGUGGAGGCUGCGAUGGGUGGUGUCAGCUGAGGUGCCCAUGGCCCAAUGUCAUGAUGCUGUACGCGACGCUGGCCAACAAUUAUGUAUUCAUGGAAGUUCAUAUAAAUGUAAAUGCACCGCACA